AAACAAGAAAAUAAAAUAAAUAAAACACUCCACUUGCUUCACAUAGACCCCUUCCUUCCAUUUCCAAAGAGAACUGCCCUUUACCCAUCUCUCAUUCCUUCCUUAGAUUAGACAUAUAGCUCUUUUUUUUUUUUUUUUUAAUUCACACAGUAAAUACUGUUUACUCUCACUCUCUGGCUCCAGCUAUUUAAUUGUGAAAUUUUGAUUCUUGGCGGUUCUUUGCCUUGCUAUACAUAUAGAAGGAGAAGAGGGUUGUAGAUUGGAGUAGUUCGUCAUGAUCAAACGGACACCAAGUAGGAACACUAGAUCAAAAGGAUUCAAGGUAAAGCAUGUUUUGCAGAUUUGUUUAUUGCUUGGUGUCUGCUUUUGGUUAAUCUACCAAGUCAAGCAUUCCCAUGAUAAGAAAAAGGAGUUCGAUCAGAAAGAUGCAAAACUCUCUGUCAGAACUCAAAGUACUGAUGAUAUUACAAACUUAGGAAGGAAAGGUCUCCUUCCUCGUGGGCAGGAGAUGAGUAAGGAUGAGAAGCAUGAGGAAGAAGAUGAGGAAGAAACAACAGUAGAGGAGGAAGUAAAUAAGAUUAAAGAAAAUGAGCUUGAGCAAAAGCAGGUAGAAGACGAAACUAAGCAUGAAGAAGAAGAACGAGAAGAAGAAGGAACUAAGCAUGAAGAAGAAGAAGAAGAGCAAGAAGAAGGAAAUAAGAAUGAAGACGAAGAAGUGCGAGAAGAAGGAAAUAAGCAUGAAGAAGAGAGGCAAGAAGAAGAUUCUAAGCCUGAAGAGGAAGAGAGAGAUGAAGAAGGAACCAAGCAUGAAGAUGAAGAGCAAGAAGAAGAUACCAAGGGUGAUGAGACAGAAGAUGAGGGGAGAGGAGGUGGAGAUGAUGAGAUAGAUGAACGUGAUCAAGAGAAAAUAGUAGGAGAAGCUGAUCAUGAGGAUUUUGUUGAUGGAGAGAAAGAAAGAGAGGAAGCAAGCGAUGGAAAGGAGAGUAGAAAUGAUGAAGGUGAAUAUAAGGACGAUCAGGUAGACCAAGAAGCUUCGACAGAGGAUCAGGGUCAUGAUGGAAGUGUACAAAAUGAUCAUGAGGCUCGAGAAGUACAUUACAAGGCUGAUGAUGCUUCCAGUGCAGUGACCCAUGAUACCGAAGUAAUAAGCACUGACCCUGAGAAGGUAAGUUCGGAUAACUCAAAUGAGUUGUCGGUGACAAAUAAUUUAGAAUUGGAGCAGAACUCCACUAACAAUAACAAUGACGAUAUCAAUGGGGAUCAGAAGAACUCAACAUUACAGCUGAAAGGUGGUGAGAGUAAUCGUUCAUUUAAUGUGACAGACGGUGAAAAAAGGGGGGAUGAGGUCAUCAGUUCUGAAGAUCAGUUGCCAAAAAAUGCAACAUUUGAUUCCAUAUCCAGCAAUCAAACAGAAGCAAGCAAUAAGUUAAUGGAUGUGAAUGCAGAAGCUGGCAAUAACCCAGUAGAUGGGAGCAGUGAAAUUUCUGGUACACCCCAGAAGAAUGAAACAAUAAUUACAUCCGAUUCAAAUCAACCCCAAAAUGCGUCAGUGGGUAGUGAUGGGGAAGCAUCUGAUGUCAAAACUACUGUAUUGGAACAGGUUAAGAACAACAUUACUUCUGGUAUCACAGAACUUGAUUCUAAUUCUACUGUCUCUGAUAAAACUGAGAAUAAUGGCACAGUUUCUGGAGACUCAAAGUUCACUACUAAUUCAGAGCUUGAUGGUUCAGAUAAGACUAUUAAACCUGAAAUUACAGCUGGAGCAGAGGUCAAUACUGGGUUAAAUUCAACGACAAAUGAAACUACAGAUGCAUCUCAAGAUGAGAACUCGGAGAUCAAUGAUGAAUUGGACAAAACAGAUGAAAAUGCAGGCUCUACUGGAACAGAUGGGACGGAAGCUGUUCAUGACCCCAUUGAUUCAUCUGAUUCUUCAAUAGGGCAAGACGAGAAAGAGGCUCGCAUAGACUUGGGUACACUGCCAGAGGAUGGUUCAGAAGGCAUUCACAGCCGAGAUGCUGCAGCAGAAUAAUAAUAAUUGUUAUGAAACAUGCUCUGUGUCAAGGCUUCUGAGUGAUCUAAGGUUAAUUUACAUGUUCACUCUGUUUUGAUACAUGAACAUGGAGAGUUUUAGAAUGUUUUCAGUCAACUUGAAAGAUUCGAGUCUUUGUCGAAAUACAGUUUCUUUUAGCAUUGCAGGCAAAAUGUAGGAAGUUUUUCUUUCUUUUUCUUGAACUGCAAAAAUGUAGGCAGGCAGUUUGAUGUUGUCAAUGGGUCGUAUCUGUGUAAUUUAUUGCAACUUCAGCUAAUAUCCCUUUAAAUUAUUGAAGUUUAUUUUGUA